CUUAGUCAGAAGGGUGAGGUGGUGGUUGCAGGUACUACUCUCAAGUGGUUGAGAUUUGUCCAUUUCCAAAACGGAGUUCUUGAUCCACAUUUUGAGGUGGUGAAGGAAGCUCUACUGACAACAGUCAAAGAGGCAGUGAGAGAGAAAUGGAGUGAGGAGAUGAAUGGUGCUUGGAGUGAAGCCUAUGAUCAGAUGGCUGCAGCCAUCAAGGCUGAGAUGAAGAAAAUAUCUGCUCAACUUUUUCAAACCCCUCUAAAUUUGGUGCAAAUAUAUUCAUAA